CUUCCAUUGAGACACGCCUUCCCCUUGGCUGGUAGGCACCGUCUAGGAAGCAGAGCUCUGUCGCUUUAACCCGUGAGGGCCCCCGACUGCGUUUAGCCAGGCAUGGCCGCAAUGAGAGAAAGCACGUCCUGAGAGGGAGCCUUACAGGAGGAGAGGUUGGAAAAGGCAGCGCGCUCCAUUUCCAGAGAGGAAAAAAGAACGCAGCGGUUUCCUUGAAGCGUAUUUGUUCUCGUCUUUUCAGAAGAAGCUUGGACUGCAUACUGUUGUUGUUUAGGAGAAAAAUCCGUGUGCGACGUGAGUUUCUGGGAUAAACUGCGUGGGUUAAACUCGCCUUGCAUCUGAACCACCUUACCUCGGUUUGCCGCGGCUCCCACGCUGGACAUUUAUUUCGUGUCUUACGAAACUCCGAGGGUCCCGCCCAUUCCUCCAGAGACAGAGGCAUGAAUUGACUUCCCACCACCGUCCAGUUCCCCCCCCCCUUUCUGUUAACUGCUUGCUUGUCAUGUUUUUUUAAUCUACUGGUAGGCCGCUUUAAGCAAUUUUGGGAGUCAAAUCAGGGUGCAACAAUAAUGCUUUUUUAAAAAUCGACAUUUAUGUCGUUUUUCUGCAUGUCUCUAGUCAUCAUGUUCGCUUUUCGUGUGUUAGGCCAGUUUUAGGAACAGGAUAUAGCUGGGACGAGGUAAUCUAAAGAUAGUUAGCCCCCUUGUUUUAAGAAUAAAAGAUCGUAUAGGGUUCCCCCACCCCCAAUGGAAAACAUCGAGGCGAUCAUCCUUGUGAUCCUGGCCACCCACAACCUGGUGCGCCUCCACCUGCACCGCGGUGGCGUGGCGGGCCGGGCCCGGCGGACGAUGCGGCGGGUCAUGGCCAACCACAUCUCCCUCCUGCACCAGCUUCUUCCCGACAUUUGCCCCGACAGCGAGACCCGGCUGAUGGUGGAAGAGCUCAACGCCGGGCCCCACCGCUUCUGGUCCCGCCAGAUCAGCCAGGACUGGUGGGAGCGGGUCGUGCUGGAGACGUGGGAGCCGAGCCAGUGGCUCCAGAGCUUCCGCAUGACCAAGGACACCUUCCUGGAGCUCUGCGAGGAGCUGCGGCCGGAGCUGCAGCGCCAGACCACCACCAUGCGGGCCCCGCUGAGCGUGGAGAAGCGGGUGGGCAUCGCCCUCUGGAAACUGGCCACCACGGAGUGCUACCGGUCGGUGGCCAGCCACUUCGGCGUCGGGCGCUCCACCGUGGGAGAGGUCUUCAUCGAGGUCUGCUUGGCCAUCGAGAAGCUGCUCUUCAGGAAAUUGGUGGCGCUCGAAGACCCCCAAGAGGUUAUGGCAGGGUUUGCGGAAAUGGGGUUUCCCAGCUGCGUGGGGGUCAUGGACAGGACCCACAUCCCCAUCAUCUGCACGGUCCGAAAGGGAACCAGCGUCAGCCAGAAGGGAUUCUUCCCCAUGUCGAUGCAAGGCACGGUGGACCACAAGGGCCGUUUCAUUGAUAUUGAACUCAGCUGGUGCGGUAAAGAUAAGGAUGCCUCCUUCUUCCGAAACUUGGCCCUUUGUGAGGCGAUGGACCAAGGGUCUUUCGUGCCUGGGACUCCUAUGAUGACCAUUGGUGAUGUAGAGAUUCCCCCACUGAUCUUGGGUGACGCAUCCUAUCCCUUGAAGAAGUGGCUCAUGAAGCCCUUCUCCGGUGACCUCACUCCUCGCAAAGAGCAUUUCAACUCCCGCCUGAGUGACUGCAAGAAGGUGGCCAAACGUGCCUUUGGGCGGUUGAAGGGGCGGUGGAGGUGCCUGGCCACUCGCUUGGAGGUUGCAGAAGAGAACAUUAUCCCUGUGGUGGUGGGGUCCGUUGUGCUCCACAAUAUCUGUGAGAAUCGCGGGCAUGCUUUGGUUGACGGGCCUUGGUCCCAGGAUGGGGUGUGGGACCAGGCCCCUGAGGGACACUUGAAGUUCCCAACAUCCCCAGCAGAUGCACGGGACGGGAGCCUGGUGAGGGAAGCUCUGGCAAGCUACUUCAUGAGCAGUUCCUAAUUCCUCAUCGAAGCCUUGAAUAAAACCAUACACAAUACUUUGAAAUGCACACUUCAGAUGAUUUCAAAUGAUUGUUUGCUCUGGGGAAGCUGGGGGGGUCUACCACAUAAAGAUCCAGUGAAGUGUCAUACGAAGCCAUGAUGUGAGGUGACUUUUGCCACAACCCUGUUUCUGAACAGGCAGUGAGGCACAGUGAAAUAGCCUCAUGCCACGCUUCCUGUAGUCACCACAGCAAAUAGUUUUCUGAAUCCACUUUGUGUAUGUCAGCAGAGCUAUGAAUGUUAUGGCUAACCACUACCCUGCCCCCUUUUUAUUUUAUUGUUGUUAUUUCCAUUGUUGUAACCUGCUGGGGAACUUUGGGGAAUAGCAGUAUAGAGUAUUUUUAAAUAAAUCAUAAGAAAAGAAAUUAAAAACC